CUUUCGAAAAGUUUCACCUUGGCCAUGGGAAAAGUUACAGACUGCUCUCCGGCAUAUGCAAAUUGUAUUCGAAAAUAGUUUUUAAAACGUAUAAAAUUUGGAAAACUUAAAUCUUAUGAUAUUUACCAUAGUGUGAACCUGUGGCAAUGGAUUUCGAUGCAGUUCUGGUGAAGUGCGGCAAUUUCGGGCGUUAUCAAUUGGUGUUAUUGCUUUUUUACGGCUGCACAAAUAUUCUAUCGUCGCUGCAUUAUUUUGCGCAAACGAUUAUUAGUUUUACCCCUGAGCAUUGGUGCUAUCACGAGAAGUUAGCCAACGCCAGUACUUCAUACGUACGCAGCAUUUAUGCGCAAACCGCAAAUCCGCAGUGCACUCUGCUGGAAGAUAUCGUCGACGAUCAGCCGAUAGUUGCGGCGGUGGGUAAAUGCACUGAAUGGAUCUAUGCAUAUGAUCGUGGCUACCGCAGCAUAACCACAGAUCUCAAUUGGAUUUGUAAUGAUGCGUACCAAGCUGCUACAGGUCAGUCAUUCUUCUUUUUGGGUUCUAUCAUUGGCACAAUAUUCUUUGGAUUUCUGGCUGAUAAAAUUGGACGCUUGCCAGCGCUGAUCUGCACAACAUUGGCUGGCGCUUUUGGUGACUUUUUAACCUCCUUUGUAACAUCACUGCCUGCGUUCGCAUUGUUCCGCUUUGUAUCGGGUCUAUCGAAUGAUACGAUAUUCUACCUCAUGUACAUAAUGGUUUUCGAGUACUUGAGCCCAGAAAAGCGCACAUUCGGUCUGAAUGUUAUAACAGCGUUUUUCUAUUGUUUUGGCUUGAUUUUGUCACCUUGGUAUGCCAUUUGGGUGGGAUCAUGGCGUUAUUACCUCUAUAUCGCUUCUCUGCCCGCGUUGAUUGUGCUGAUCUAUCCCUUAUUCAUUUGCGAAAGCGCGCAGUGGUUGAUUGCAACUGAACGUUACGAUCGAGCUGUAAAUUGUUUGAGGCGUGUUGCGAAAUUCAACAAGCGCAUAGUUGAAGAGGAAGUAUUCACGCAAUUUCGGGCAUACUAUGAGGAGAAAGUGGCUUUGGAUAAAAAGUUCAACAGAAAUGAAGACACUUUCUGGGGAAUGUUCCGUACGCCGAGACUACGAAAAUUCACCAUCAUACUGUUAUUGAAGUCCAUGAUCGUCACAAUCUCUUUUGACGUGAUCAGCCGCAAUAUGGAAGGUUUAGGCUCCUCACCCUUCACGCUAUUCUCUGUCUCCUCUCUCGCGUAUAUCCCAGGCGGUCUGACAAUAAUUUUCCUGCAAAAUCGCAUAGGACGGAAAGGCAUGGCAUUCGGUUCGCUCUUCGUUAGUGCGAUCAUAGUCACUGUAACGGGCUUUAUGAUCGCUUUUCUUGAUCCUGAGAAGAAUACCGUGCUGCUAGCAAUUAUGGUUGCUCUGGGUCGAUAUGGUGUGAUUGUAAGUUAUGAUGCAGAAGCACAAUAUGCCGCAGAAUUCAUACCAACGACAGUACGUGGGCGUGGCCUAGCGAACAUUCAUGUGAUCGGCUAUGGUUUUGCUAUGCUUAGUUCAUAUGUCAUUUAUUUGGGUCUCUACUUCAAGCCGUUGCCAUCGAUUGUUAUUUCGGCGGUAAUGGUGUGUGGCGCGCUACUCUGCCUGGCACUGCCGGAGACCUUAAAUCAGAAACUACCAGAAACCCUUAAGGACGGCGAAGACUUUGCAAGACACCAACGCUGGUACUACUUCCCUUGCUUUAAUCGAGUACAAACUAAUAACAAUGAUGUCGUUGAGAAGCAGGAUACUCAUUAGAUAAACAUAGUAUCUCAAUUUAUACUUUAUAUUUUUAUUCAAGGUUUGCAUCGAUUUAUUUACAUUUACAAAAGUGAAACUUACUAUUUCGAUAUUUUCCUUUAUACUAUAAGAUAACUAAUAAAAAAAGUAGUCGUUUAAUGAAA